GGGAGCAAGGAGCCGCUGUGCCAGACCGAGAAGUGCUGAAAAGAAGCCCAAACUUUGACGGGAAGCCACUUUGGGGCUGAAUGUGACGUGUGAAGAUGGCCAAAGUCAAUACUCAAUACUCCCAACCUUCCCUGGCCCACCCUUCAGUAAAGACUAUGGACAGAGAUCUUGAUCACAUUGAAAAUGGCCUCAGCAGGCCUCCCUCACCAUGCUCAGACACUGCUACACUGCAGCAAGGGAUCGCCAUGGAGACCAGAGGACUGGCUGGAUCUUCAAGGAGCUCCUUCACAAGCCAGGGACCAGCCAGGGUGGCACGCUUCAUUAUCUCACUGCGAGCAUGGGCCGCCAGGCACGUACACCAGGAGGACCAGAGACCUGACUCCUUCUUGGAUCGUUUCCGUGGAGCUGAGCUUAAAGAGGCAGCCAGCCAGGAGAGCAAUGCCCAGUCCAACCCAGGUAGCCAGGAACCACCAGACCGAGGGGAAGGAGGGAAGAAAGAUGCCAUUGUGGUAGACCCCUCCAGCAACAUCUACUACCGCUGGCUGACUGUCAUCGCCCUGCCAGUCUUCUAUAACUGGUGUCUGCUUGUGUGCAGGGCCUGUUUUGAUGAACUUCAGUCUGAGCAUCUGAUGCUAUGGCUGGUCCUGGACUACUCAGCAGAUGUCCUCUAUGUUGUGGACAUGAUGGUGCGAGCCCGAACAGGUUUCCUUGAGCAAGGCUUAAUGGUAAUGGAUACAAAGAGACUGUGGAAACAUUACACCAAGACUUUGCACUUCAAGCUAGAUAUCCUGUCUCUUGUCCCCACUGACCUGGCUUAUUUAAAGUUGGGUAUAAACUACCCAGAACUGAGAUUCAAUCGCCUACUGAAGUUUUCCCGACUUUUUGAAUUCUUUGACCGUACAGAGACAAGGACCAACUACCCCAAUGUGUUCAGGAUAGGGAAUUUGGUUUUGUACAUCCUCAUCAUCAUCCACUGGAAUGCCUGCAUCUACUUUGCCAUUUCCAAGUUCAUUGGUUUUGGGACAGACUCCUGGGUCUACCCAAACAUCUCCAAGCCAGAGUAUGGGCGCCUCUCCAGGAAGUAUAUUUACAGUCUCUAUUGGUCCACCUUGACCCUGACCACCAUUGGUGAGACCCCACCCCCAGUAAAAGACGAGGAGUAUCUCUUUGUGGUCAUAGACUUCCUGGUUGGCGUUCUGAUCUUUGCCAGCAUUGUGGGUAAUGUGGGCUCCAUGAUCUCCAACAUGAACGCUUCAAGAACAGAGUUCCAGGCCAAGAUUGACUCUAUUAAGCAGUACAUGCAGUUCCGCAAGGUGACCAAGGACUUGGAGACACGGGUUAUCCGGUGGUUUGACUAUCUAUGGGCUAACAGGAAGACAGUGGAUGAAAAGGAAGUGCUCAAGAACCUCCCAGACAAGCUGAAGGCUGAGAUUGCCAUCAAUGUGCACCUGGACACCCUGAAGAAGGUCCGCAUCUUCCAGGACUGUGAGGCAGGACUGUUGGUGGAGCUAGUGCUAAAGCUCCGUCCCACUGUGUUUAGCCCUGGUGAUUAUAUCUGCAGAAAGGGGGACAUUGGGAGGGAAAUGUAUAUCAUCAAGGAGGGCAAGCUGGCUGUGGUAGCUGAUGAUGGGGUCACCCAGUUUGUGGUCCUCAGUGAUGGAAGUUACUUUGGGGAGAUCAGUAUCUUAAACAUAAAGGGGAGCAAGUCAGGGAACCGCAGAACAGCCAACAUCAGGAGCAUUGGCUACUCAGACCUGUUCUGCCUCUCCAAGGAUGACUUGAUGGAGGCCCUCACUGAAUACCCAGAUGCCAAGAAGGCUCUGGAGGAGAAGGGUAGGCAGAUCCUGAUGAAGGACAACCUGAUUGAUGAAGAUCUGGUCAAGGCCGAGGCAGACCCCAGGGACAUUGAGGAGAAGGUGGAGUACCUGGAGGCCUCCCUGGAUACUCUGCAGACAAGGUUUGCAAGACUCCUGGCUGAGUACAGUGCUGCACAGAUGAAGGUGAAACAGCGCCUCAGCCAGCUGGAGAGCCAGGUGAAUGUGAGGAGACAUGACUUCUCACCUGAUGGGGAGAUUUCCAAAGAUGCCGUAAAGACAGAGUGAAAAUCAAGUGGCUGUUUGCCUGCUGCCUCCCAGAGACAACUGUCAGUGCAACAUGUCUAUAGCUGCAUGACACGGGACUUAGCUGGGGUUUCAUCCUUUGUAAGUGGUGUGACUGCAGAGAUAGCCUGUUUCCACAUCUAAAAAAAUCGGACUUGUGAUGUUGACUGUCAACUCCAGUGAAGCACCAGGUUAGUGUGACGUCUACCCCCACAAAGAGCAGGGCUUUGGAACGUGUGAAGUCUCCUCAAUAAAGUGUUUGAAAGUAUGU